ACUAUAAUUACUGCUAUGCCCAAAGCCUCCGCCAUUUUCUUCUUCCUCGCCGACGUUGCCGUACGCUACCGGCUGCUCCCCAAAACCUCGCCGACGAAUAAGAUGAAGGUGAAAAAGCAGAAGCGCCAUCGCAAAGCUGUGAGGUUUUAUGCAGCUUGUUUUGGUUUUAGAGCGCCCUAUAAGAUUUUAUGUGAUGGUACUUUUGUGCACCAUUUGGUUGCCAAUCAAAUAACACCUGCUGAUACUGCUCUUGUCAAUGUUCUUGGUGCUUCAGUGAAACUCUUCACUACUAGAUGUGCUGUUGAAGAGUUGAAGAGCCCAGAGUUGAAGAGAGUCCUUGGAGCUUCCUAUUCUGAGUCACUCGAUGCAGCUCGUAGCCUUUUAACUGCAAGAUGUGAUCAUGAGAAACGUAGAAGUACUAUAGAUUGCAUAACUGAAGUUAUUGGGGAAAACAACCCCGAGCACUUUUUUGUUGCUACCCAGGAUGCUGAUCUACGGAAAAAGCUUCAGCAGAUACCUGGAGUUCCUGUUAUAUAUGCACUUAGGAAUGCUUUAUUUCUCGAACGACCCUCUACUUCACAGCAGCAGUUUGCCAAUGCAGCUGAAGAAGCACGUUCACAUAUGACCGGCAGAGAGUAUAAAGAGCUGAACAUUAUGAAAAAGAGGAAAUUGUCUGAUGGAGGAGCUGUUGAUACUUCUAAUGCAAGUGAAGAAGAGGAAGGUCAUGGCUUAGAGGUCCAGAAUAUCAACACAUCUGUGAAUAGGAAAAGGAAUAGAAGCGACUUAAAGGAUAAAGUUCAAUUUAAAAGAAAGAUAGCCAAGAACCCGAAUCCACUUUCUGUCAAGAAGAAGAAGAAAAAGCCUACAGCUGAAUCAGAAAAGGAAACCAAGAAAAAUGAUGAUGGAAAUGCAAAAACCAAAAGAAAAAGGAAGAGGCGUCGAAAGGGUAAAAGUAUUGGAGAGGAGGGGACUGGAUAAGAGAUUUUUGGCCCUCAAGGGAGGGAGGGAAGUAUCUCAUUUUUGUGACCAUUCUCUUUUGAAAUUUUGGAUGACAAAUGUUGUAUUGAUUCUUAUGAGAAGUGAAUUUUGUGGCACAUUAUCAAUGGCUUUUGUAUUA